GUGCGAGCACGAGCACGAGCAGUGCUAAUGCAGCAGCUAAUCACAGCUGAUGAGCAGCAGGUGUUGAAAAUCACCACAGCGGACACGGAGUCUCUCUUAACACCGACAGAUUUGUACUUUAAAUCGAGAUAUUUCGAUAUUUUAUAAUGAAAAAAAUGACGCCAAAAAGUUUGGAGCUGAGUUUUCUCCUCGUGCUUUUGCUCGGCUUCCUGUACCACAGUGUGGCAGGUGUAGGACUCUGCAGCGUCAAACACUGCACCGACCGCUCACGGUGCGUCCUGUCCAAGGACCACAGACGCUGCAAAUGUAUAGUGGGAUAUUAUGGAGAUUAUUGUGAGAAAGACGGUCAGAUCACAGUGAUGUGUGGCAGCAACUACAUUGCCAUCAGAGCCGUUCAAGAUUUCUUCCAGUACUUCAACGUGCCACUGGAGGCUCUGCACCUGCCUAACCAGACCUGCCGAGCUGAGAUAGAAGUUAUUGACAACGUCACCUACUACAUGUCCAGCGUCUCCAAGGAGAAGUAUCUGGCCUGUGGAGGCAAGCCGCUAGAGACAAACUUCACUCACAUCACCUACGCCCUGACCCUGAUGUCAGACCCUCAGGUGAGCGGGAACAUCGUCCGAGAUCCUGUCAUCAAGAUCAACUACACCUGUGUGUUUCCCUACAUCAGGAGCGUCAGCCUGCCGUUCCCCAUUGUACCAUUCUCCAGUGAGAUGGUGGUACGAGUAGAUGAACUCGACGCCACCAUUCAGAUGCUGCUGUACACCGACCACACCUACACCAAGGCCUUCACCAGCGCCCCCACCAUUGAACUACGAGACAAUGUGUUUGUGGAGGUGGCCGUGACGGAGCCGGCAGGUUUCUUCCUGCUGCGGGUGAACGAGUGCUGGGCCACACAGAGCCCACAGCCCAACUCCACUGAAGGACUGGUCCACACACUGCUUCAGAACGGCUGUGUGAACGACCCAACCGUCUCCUUCAUCAACGGGAGCUACGGAGAGGCCGGACGGAACGGGGAGACCUCCACCGUGCGCUACAGCUUCAGCAUGUUUCGCUUCACCACCGAGCCAAACAGUCUGUAUCUCCACUGCACGGUGCAGCUGUGUGAGCCCGACGACGCCGUGUCCUGUACUCCAAUCUGUAAGUCGGUGAGUAAGAGGGAAGCAGUGAAAGCAGACCCCAGCCAAGGUCUCCUGUCAUAUGGACCCAUCAAGAUCGAGGUUCCACACAGACCUCGUGCCAGUCUGCUGACUACAGUGGUGCUGUCUGUAGCAGCUGUCUGGAUCGUAGGCUUCUUCCUCGUCAUCCUCGUCACUGUGACGAAGGAAGGUCAGAGGAGGCUGUCCCAAAGCCAGGAGCACUGACCCCCCAAAAAUGAUGCAGAUUUUGUAGACGGAAUAAAAAAAAAAGAAACAGAGAAAGAGAUGUGUUCUUGAAUUGAUCUCCUUGUUAAAAAUAUAAAUAAUAAUAAAAAAGAUAUUGUAUGUUUUAAAAACAAAAGAAGAAAAAAAGACAUUUUACUUAAAAAAAAAA